CCAAUAAGACCCAGAUCCUGCGUGUACUAGACGUUGUCGAGUGCAAGCUAGACAGAGCCUACAGGAAGGCCUGUCAGCAUCUGCGCGUCCACCCACCUUUACAGCCUUGCCUAGCAUGCUGCGUAAAAAUACAAAUGAACAACUCUGAAAGCUGUUCUCUUUACUGUAUGAAGACGUAUAGUAAGACAGUUCCAUGGCCAGUACAAUGGAUGAUGUUCGAGACUCGCGGAGGCUUGUGCGGACGUAUAGUAAUGAUGUUGAAGGUAGAUUGUCUCACGGCAGUGAUGAUGCCCAGCUUCUGGGACAGGUCUUAAGUCGUGACCGACCUGAUCCGAGAGAUUUGACGAACCCAUGGCGAAUAUUCUUCGAGCCGUGGCAGCCAUCUUCAAGUCAUGCAGAUCCUAUUACUGCUGUUAUAGCUGUCGAAUCAAAUAAGCUUAGAGAGAAAUGGGCCCCUUUUCUCAAAAAUAGCCCUGUUGCGGAUCGUCUGGAUAUAACAAAAUCAGAACCCACUAUUGAAGACGUGGUUAGUCUUGUCAAAGAGGUUGCUACGAUAUCACAAUCAAAGCGAGAUAAUAGUCGCCGCGGAAAAGCCAUAAAAUUAUUCCAUAACUUCUGCAGCACGAUAGAGUCGCAUAAGUCAAUGCUAAAGCUGAUCCCAGAAGGUAACGAAUAUGUCUCUAUAUUUGCUGGGACGCUGAACGUUAUUAUACAAGCCAGUGUUAACCACGAGCGCAUUGCUGAGGGUUUAUCGGAAGCCUUGUGCCGCAUCAGCGAACAUGUUUACGAGUGUAAAUCAGAGCUAGAGCUUUUCAGAACCCGAGAAAUGUUGGAGCUAGUUGCAGAUUUCUAUGCGCAUGUAUUCAUCUUCCUUUCAGAUACCAUGGAUUGGAUAUCAGAGAAAAGACGCAAGCGGCUGUUGGACUCUUUCAACGAGAACUUCUAUAAGAAGUUCGAAAACCAAGUUGAGACGAUUAGGCACAAAUCUGAUAUGAUACGAAACUUGGCAGCCCAGAGCUCCCGUGCAGAACAGCGAGUAACUAGGUUGGUUGUUGAAGAUCUCGCACAAGACAUCAGGUUGGGCCUGACCGGAGAAGAGCGACGACACGCCGAGACGAUUUAUGCUGCAGAGAAGAUUGAAAAGGAACUUUCAGAAGGGCGAAGAGAGAGACAGCUUUUAAGAGAAGAAGAACGACAGUUUAAGCAGCUUGCUGAUCGACUAACUAGUAUGCUUCAGGAUAAAGCAAUGGUAUGGAUAGGGGAUAUGCACUCAAUUGACAAGAGCCUGUCUCCUGUUUCUCUGCUUGCUGGACCAGAGUACCUGGGAGCUGCACCAGCAGUUAGGUCGGGUUCACUAUGUCUUUCAGAAUGGAAGUCGGAGGACGUUGUGCUAAAUUCCAAGCACUUGGAAGAUUUCUUCCACCGCGAUCGCAUGCGAUUGUUAGGUAGAUCUUUCAACUCCGCUAGUAUUAGUUCGGAAGUCAUCGGUCGACUUGGUGAAUGGAUGAAAGACAAAACCUCUCGUCUCCUUUGGCUCGAAGGUCCACUGAUAGAAGCCGACGAUCUUGACAACCCUAUCACCAUGCUAGCCAACAGAAUCGCGGAAUUGGCAGAGAGCUCUCACAUCCCAGUUAUCUCCUACUUCUGUGAAAUUCGCCGCCGGGAACACCUGAGGUCAGGCAAUGCCACACGAGAGGCCCAAUCCUGUGUAGCUCUAGUUUGCGCUCUAAUACGGCAGAUGAGCGAGCUCUUACUCCCACAGUUCGAAGCGAGUCCCGAUUUCUCUUUAAACCGACUUCAAAUAAUCGACGGAUCUAUCCUGUGCUGGUCGCAGAUGUUAAGCCUACUUCAAGACUUGCUAUCCCUUAUGCUAGACACUAUGCUCUGUAUUAUUGAUAGCUUUCAGUGGCUGGAUGAUCGAACUACAACGAUAUAUCUCGAGGAGCUGGUUCAAGCAAUAAGAAAGACUGAACUUAAAUGUUUAUUCACUACGACCGGCCGGUCUACUUGCUUGAUAGAGCAGCUUCAAAUAGCGGAGACAGUAGUGAUUGAGAGCAUCGAUACGAGACAAGGUCCUUGCGCUUUGGGUCGAAAUAAUUCUUGGGCUCUAUCAUAACAUGCCGAGGCUUCUGAAGACUGUAGUAUGGUUGAUAGGUACCUACCUGUAGGUACGACAAUGAAAAUUUGAAAAUUGCCUUAGGUUAGGUAGGUACCUACCAUUGGAGAUAAUGUCUUGGCGAUGAGCUCGACUACUAUAGCGGCAAAGGGUAGUUUUGAG